AGUACUCACAAGCUCAUGAAGAGUCCAUCCUGGCGAAGGUCACUUAACUUUUGACUACACAGAGCUCUACAACUCAAAAUGGAUAACUGUCACUGUUCAGCCAACGUCGACAGGCUUUCGAAUCCUAUCCUCUUCAACAUCCUGAGCCAAAUGGAUAACAGCAAACCAAGACAGAACAGCUUCAAUUACAAUUCAAUACCUCAUAGAUGCAACUGUGAGCUGCGACGGACAGUGUGCUUGAAAAGGCCAUCUGAGAUUUGCAAAGAAGCUUCAGCAGUUCUAGUUAAAACCAUCCACUUCAUGAAGAACUUACCUGCUUUUAACCAGAUGCCACCAAACGACCAGUUCUCACUUCUCAAAAGCUGUUGGGCACCACUCUUCAUUUUGGGUUUGGCUCAGGAGCAUGUGGACUUUGAGGUGAUGGACACACCUGCCGACAGCAUGCUGAAAAAGAUUCUCCUAAAUCGCGAGGAGAGCCCCGGGAUGGAGAGGGAACAGCCCACCAUGGCUGGUGUCAGCAAACUCAAGUCCUGCCUCAAAAAGUUUUGGAGUUUGGAUUUGAGUCCAAAGGAAUAUGCAUACCUAAAAGGGACCAUGAUAUUUAAUCCAGAUGUUCCAGAUUUAAAGGCAGCUCUGUUUGUUGAAGGCUUGCAACAAGAAGCUCAGCACGCCCUCAGUGAAGUAGUCCAGCUUCUACACCCAGGCGACCAGGAGCGCUUUGCUCGAAUCCUCCUCACAGCCUCCAUGCUGCAGAGCAUCACACCCAGCCUCAUCUCUGAACUCUUCUUCCGGCCUGUGAUAGGGCAGACUGAUCUGAUGGAGCUGUUGGUUGACAUGCUCUUCUGCAGAUAGAAGAGGAUGGGUGGACUUCAUGUAACUGUCUUGAAGAUAGUUGAAUCCAAUGCCUUUAACAGUGGUGAUGCAGAACAACGACAAUGGCCAACAAAAAACUGUGAUCUGGUGAACAUGAGACUAUGAAUUGCUUAUAUUUACAUUGAAGCUAAGGUCACUUUAGCCCAGACUGAAAAGAUUUUAUCAGCUGGAAGUAGUAAUUUAACUUUCCAGACUGUACCCACUGUUAAUAUAUUGUAUGUUAUGUUGAAGAUCCUUUAUGUGUCCUUCAUUGUUGUAAAUAAGUGUAGUCUGCAUUGACAGAACAUUUCAAAUAAAUAUAUUUUUGUACAUGA